UUCAAAACUCCACUCAUUGGCUGUCAACAUCUUGGGAGAGUUAGACUGUAGUGGAGCAAAUGAUCUUUGCAAAGGACUGAUACCCUCAUCAGUUUCUUGUGUCACUUUGAAUUUUAAGGAAAGAGUAGCUGAUAAUGUUGCUAACUGUCUUUUUAGCCACUUGAACAAACUCAAAACCUUUUCAAAGUUGACUAUUAGUAUUCAGGGGGAGCUGAUGGGGGACAAAAAGAACACUCUUGAAAGGCUAUCACGCAACCAAACAUAUCUAUUUGCAUUAAACGUUAAUGACUCAAAUUCAGGCGACAAGAUUUGCAGAGAAGUUGGUUUAUCUGCUGAUGAUUCCUCGUCACUUACACCUGUACUUACCAAAGUUAAGGAUGGCUGUGUAACAAAGCUUAGUGUGAGCGUUAACAACCCUGACAGCAUCAGUGGAGACUGGGGAUCCACUCUCUGUGAGGGUUUGGAAAAAAGUGAGUCUUUAACUACAUUGAGUCUGACAUUUAACAACAGUUCCUUUUUUAAAAACAUAGAUGCUCUGUGGGAUGCUGUGGCAAAAAACAAGUCAUUAACCACACUGAGCCUUACACUCAACAACUGCAAUGAGUAUGUGAUGAGUGAACCCAUGACCUGUGGUCUGAGUGAUGGUUUGGCAAAAAACUCGUCAUUAACUACACUGAGCCUUAACCUCAACGCCUGCAGGGAAUUGGGGGCAAUGGUGAGCGAAGAUCUGAGUGACGGUUUGGCAAAAAACACAUCACUAACUACACUGAGUCUUACAUUGAACAUCCGCAGUAACUUGGAUAUGGAACAUCCCAUGUUCUAUUAUCUGAGUGGUGGGUUGGCAAAAAACACGUCACUAACUAUGCUGAGCCUUACACUCAACAACUACUUUAACAGUUUCUGGGACGGAUACAUGAUCUCUGAUCUGAGUGAAGGGUUGACAAAAAACAUGUCAUUAACUACACUGAUCCUUACACUCAACAACUACAGUGAC